AUGAAAUUCACUCUCACCAGCUCCGCAAUCCUCUUGGCCACCGCAGCCCUGGCCUCACCCGGCGGACAGUCCAUCGUCAACGCCAUGAACAACGGUAGCACUGCAGCCGUUUCCACUGCCACCGGCCAAACAGUCUCCGCCAGCAAAAAUUCCACCCGGGCGACUGACCAAGUCACCCUCACCGGCACUGUCGGCCAAGCCGCCACCACUCAGACAACCAGUUUGACCAGUACGGCCUCAACCGGCAGCUCUGCCAGCGCUGCAACUGAGACAGUUUCCAACACUUCUUCCUCCACUACGAACGGUGGGCUCGCUCGUCCUACCGCUAUUGGAGCUGCUGUUGCUGGUAUAGCCGGCGCCCUCGGUGUUAUGGUUGCUCUGUAA